AUGAAGGCAGCCGCCUGCCCCCUUGGUGUGCAGACGAGCGGGCGGACAUCUGCAGAGAGCUUCCUUCGUUCGCGUGGCUUCUCUCAGUUUCGCUCUUGCUACCCGGAAUGGUGUGACAGUUGUAGUGAGCUGGCAGGUGAUGUGAGCACUGGCCCAGGUGCCGAGUCUGUUGCUGUGCCUCUCAUGGGGCUCCGCAGCCUACGGAUUUCACCAGCAUUGCAGACCUGCAAGAGGCAGCACCAUCAUUUGGGUUCUUCAUGUGGUAGUUCAUCUUCUGCUGCUACAAGUAGCACAGACUCUUCAGAUUCAGAUGACCGCUGUGAUUCAUCCUUGGGUCUAGAAGAAGAUCGGGACUUCCCUGUUGAGAUAGUUCCACACUUAUUUCUGGGCAAUGCAUCAAAUUCAGAGGACAGGGAGUCACUAAACAGGCACAGCAUACAGUACAUUUUGAAUGUAACGCCUGAUUUACCAAAUGUAUUUGAGGACUCAGGAUCAAUUAAGUAUAUGCAGAUUCCAAUAGCAGAUCACUGGAGCCAGAACUUAGCUAGCUUUUUCCCAAAAGCAAUAGAAUUCAUUGAUGAAGCCAGGAACAAUGGGAAGGGUGUCUUAGUACACUGUGUUGCAGGAGUUUCUCGCUCUGUCACGAUUACAGUUGCCUACCUCAUGAACAAAUUAUCACUUUCUCUGAAUGAUGCAUUCAACCUUGUACGGAGCCGUAAGUCAAACAUUGCACCAAACUUUCAUUUUAUGGAGCAGCUUCACAACUACGAACAAGAACUUUCUCGGCCAGCCGUCUGUGUGGAAGAACCGACCCAAGCCGCUGCUUCUACCAGUACAGAGACAGGGCAGUCUGGAUGUCACAGUUGUGGAGGAGUUCAAUGUAAAUGUGGUGGUGGCUCUCACUUUCUGAGCCCUGUCAAUGUUGGAACAAGUCCUGAUUCUGGAAUUGAGUUUGAUCGUUGGACGUCUGCACCCAGUGAGUGA